AUGUCCUUUCAUGGCAUAGGCGGCAAGCAGGAGAUCUUCCCUGCAAAGGUGGGAGGCGGUGACCUAAAGAAGGAGGAGAAGAAAAAGGAGAAGGAGAAAAAGAAGAAUAGGAACAAGGAAUGGAAGGAGAAGAAGUACGAGAAGAAAAGGAAGAAGGAGCAGGAGAAGAAGAAAAUGAAGAAGAAAAGGGAGAAGGAAAAUAAGAAGGAGAAAGGGCAGAUGGAGAAGAAUGAGAAGGAAAAGGAGAAGAAAAAGAAGGAGCGAAAAGGCAAAAAAGAGAAGGAAGAGAAGGAGAAGAGAAAGGAGAAGAAAAGGAAGGCGGAGGAGGAGGAGGAGAGAUGA